AUGAGCUUCAUUUCCACACCUUCCGUCAUAUCCAGCCCAAAUAAGUAUACAUACACGAAUACCUCGACAAAACCAGCAAGCAAUGGCACGGAGAUCUCCAAUAAUACGAAUAAUAUGCUGUUUAAGGAGGAGGUUUGCACAGUGCCGUUUGUAGUCCACAAAAUCCUCGGGAUACUAAUAAAACACAACAAACCACUGCAUACCUUGGAGGUAGAAAAGGCGCUUCGAAAUUGUGGAAUAUCGGGUGUAAACAUCUCUACAAACAAGGAGCUCUACGAGGCCUUGCAGAACGUCAAGCGUAUUCACUUUGAUACUACUACGAAACGGCUCGCCUACAAGAACCCGUAUGAAUCCAUCAAAAGCUCCGAUUUGCUGUUGAUGUAUAUUAGUAAUCAUGCCACCAUCAAGGGAUUAAGGGUCAGCGACGAACUUUUGAGCGCAAAUCCCUCGAUGAUUAACUGGAUCAAUGAUAGUUUAAAGGAUCACAAACUUAGAGGAGUGAAGUUAAAAACGUCUCACUCAAAAGAUAAAAAAAAGAAAAAGUGUCGCUACUCUGGGCUACCUAAUCAGUGUACCAUAUACACAAGUUCAAAAUGUGAAGAAUGUGUUGAUAAUGUGCGUGGUAUAAUGUUAUAUCCAAUCGGGAAGGACGUGUUCGAACAUGAUCGUCAUAAAUUAGAUAACGAUGUGAAACAUUUGUGGGAUUCGGUUGUAAUUCCACCAAAGGAUCAGCUAUUAAAGGAAUAUAAUAUAGCUGAAACGAUUGUUAACUAUCAGCUACCUAAGUUUGUUGUUUUUAUACAUUUUCAACCAAUACAGCGACAGAAGAAGGCGGGGAGCCAAGAACGAUACAGGAAAGGGGGUAAAAGUGAAAAUGAGGAGGAUAUACAAUACGCAUUUAUUUACUCCACAGGAAUUACGUAA